CUUGUGGAUUGAACAUUGAAGAAUGGUUGAAGCGCCUCCCGUGAGAGCGAUUAAUAACAACGGCGAUCCCGCCGCUUUGCAGUUACUAAGAGUAAGACCCCUCCUCCCCCUAUACUUUCCCCUUCCCUCUUUCUCUCCCUGUCUCUCUCGCUUAUGUUAGGUUCCUCCGCGCAUUUCCCAUGGUCUCUUAUCGUCUACUCCAUAUGCAUUCUUGGAAUUCCGUUCACGAAAUGCACAUAUAUGCAAGCGAGAGAAGUUGGAAACGAAUAGAUCAGGAAAUUUCUUUUCGGGUUUGAUCAUCAUACUGAGAUCUCUUCAAAGAUAAGUUUCUGCUUUUGGAAGAAAUGGGGAGAAAGGGAAGGUGGUUCACGACGAUGAAGAAGGUGUUCAGGUCCUCUUCUAAAGAUUUGGACAAGAAGAAAAGAAAUGUAGACCAAAAUGGGAGACAUGACACCCCUCCGUUGCCGGAUGUUCUUUCUUUUGAAAACUUCCCGCCGGCUGAGACUUCCGCGGACGGUACCAACGAUGGCAGUACAGCUCCAUCUCCCGUCGUUGAAGAUAGAAAUCAUGCAAUUGCAGUUGCUGUAGCCACUGCUGCAGCGGCCGAGGCAGCAGCUGCAGCAGCUCAAGCUGCUGCUAAAGUCGUGCGGUUGGCCGGUUACGGUCGUCACUCCAAGGAAGAUAGGGCUGCCACCAUCAUACAGUCCCAUUAUAGAGGAUACCUCGCCCGGCGAGCUUUGCGCGCGUUGAAGGGCCUGGUGAGACUGCAGGCCCUAGUAAGGGGUCAUAACGUGCGCAAACAGGCGCAGAUGACCAUGCGAUGCAUGCAAUCCUUGGUGCGUGCACAAGCCAGAGUAAGAGCUCGCCGGCUCCAAUUGGCGCAUGAAAAGCUCCAGAAAAAGGUAGAACAACAACAACAACAAAAGCAACAACCACAACGACGACGAAGACUUGGGCUUGGUUUCCAAGAAGAUGAAGAAGACGCAGACGAAGAGAAAGAAGGAAACCAUGGGACAAGGAGGAGCCUGUAUUCGAAAAAAUUUGCAGUGGGGAGCUGGGACGGGGGACACCAUAGUUUAGAGACUAUCAAGGAAAACUCUCAGAAGAAACAUGAUGCCGUGAUCAGGAAGGAGAGGGCCCUUGCUUAUGCUUUUACCUACCAAAAUCAGCAUCAGCAGCCCUUGGAGUCAGACUCAAAUGGUACCGACCCCAGCUUCUUCUCCAAGGAGGGUGAAAAGCCACAGUUGGGGUGGAACUGGCUAGAACGUUGGAUGGCAUCACAACCAUGGAAUGCUCGUCCGUUGUCGCCACUAGAGAAUUCCUACGUUACUCUCACAACUACGGAUGAAAUGUCGGAGAAGACGGUCGAGAUGGACAUGGUAACACCACCCCGCUCUGAUCCAGUCAAAAUGGGCCGACACAGCAGGAAUCCGCUGGACCCAGACAAUUACACGAGUCGGCAGCAGAGACGGUCGGGGUUGGAUAAUGUCCCCAGUUACAUGUCCACGACGCAGUCCUCUAAAGCCAAGGUACGAAGUCAAGCUUCAGCCAACAAACAACAGCACAUCCCCACUGCGGUGCCGUGGAAUUCAUCAACAAGGAGAGUAACAGUUGCUAGGUCGCCCUGCGAUUCGUUGAGUUCGGGUGGUGGAACUGCUGUCUAUCAAGCGCCAUGGAGUCCAAGCCCAAAGGGCAAUGCUGCCUGCAUGCUCACCAGGAGAUAUGGAGGUUAUAGUCCAGAUUCGAGUGGUUGUGAUGAACAGACAUUGCCAUUGCCUUUCACGAGCCAUGGCCGGAGGCGUGACUCGAGAUGAUGCUUUUGGCUAGUUGGAUGCACCCAAAUAUUGAUGAGUGCUUGAUAUUUGCAAAUGCAUGCAUUACCUUACGGUUAUGCCAUAUUGACAUCCACCUCAAUGAUGUAUCGAUCGAUCGAUCUAAAAGAAUUAUAUUGAUUCGAGUUAGCAUCGUUGUGCUCGUAAAAA